CAUGAAGCUACCAUAAGAACGAUCAAGAAAAAUGAAACUGCGAUUAGAAAAUCGGUAUGUUCUGGAACGAAAAUAAGUGCUAAAUCAUCGUCAUACAUAAGAGAUGUUGUCAAAGAGAAGAUGGAAAAAGCUUUGGUAAUGUGGAUUGAAGAUAAAUCACAAAAAAGAAUACCAUUGCUAUCAAGCAAACUGCAUUUCCUGAAAAACUUAGAAAAAUUAUUGAAGAUGGAGGAUACACCCCAGAUCAAGUUUGGAAUAACUUAUGUUGCAAAAUCGCAGAAAACUGCCGGUGGUUUAAAAGUAGCAAAGGACCGUGUAACAUUGUUGUUUUGUUCCAAUGCUUCAGGAGAACGUAUGUUAAAACCACUGCUAGUAAAUCGUGCUUUAAGACCACCGAUGAAAAGUGUAGAUUUCAAUAAACUGCCAAUUCACUGGACAGCAAACAAAAAGGCAUGGAUGACCAGUGCAAUCUUUACAGAAUGGUUCCAGAAAUACUUCAUUUCAGAAGUUAAACGCUACAUGAAUGCAAAAUGUCUAGAAUUUAAAGUUCUUUUAAUUCUAGACAAUGCACCUUGCCAUCCGCUUUUGGAGCACCCAAAUGUGCAAUUUUGCUAUCUUCCGCCUAACACUACAUCCUUAAUACAACCGCUAGACCAAGGGAUCAUUGCUACUUUUAAAAAGUACUACAUAAAACGUUCAUUCCAAUACGUGGUAGACAAACUAGACCAUAAUGAGGAUUUAACAGUCAUUGAUAUGUGGAAAAAAAUUUCUAUUAUGGACUGCGUUAAUCAAGUUGGGUUAGCGUUAGCUGACUUAAAGCCAUCAACCUUGAACUCAUGUUGGAAAAAUAUUUGGCCAGAAUGUGUCAAAAGCAAAGAUACUGAUCCUGUCAUCCAUAAUAAUGCUGUUUUUACUGACAUCAUAACGCUGGCACAUACAAUUGGUGGAGAUGGAUUCGAUGAUCUAUCAUUUGCCGAUAUAGAGGAAUUAUUAGCUGAUAAAAGCUUGAGCGAAAAUGAAAUUAUAGACCUCACCCUUGAGACUCAUCAAGACAGAGAACAUAGCGAUAAUGACGAAGAAGAUCCUCCCAUUUUAAAUGCAACUCUAAUUAAAGAAGGUCUUGAUCUUGCCAGAAAAUUAGGUAAUCAUUUUCAACAACAUGAUCCUGAUGAGGAACGAGCUGCAAAAUUUCAACGUGAACUGAAAUCAUUAAUGGCAUCUUACAGGGAACUUUAUAAAGGUUUAUCACGAAAUCAAACACAAUCUUUAAUGACUGAUUUCCUUCUAAAAACUACUGAAUUAUCAACACAGGAGCCUAGAGAUGAUAAUCCAGAAACAAUUUCACAAGAUGAUGAACAAAAUAAUUCUAGUGAUGGCAGUGAUAUUCUAGUCUUACGCAAACGUAUGCGUUUAUUGUCAGAAAGUGACAAUGCAUAAAAGUUUUUUAUGUUUAUAUUAUUUUUACUUGUUUUAUAUUAAUGA